AUGCCUGCCGCUUGUUCAUCAGAUGGCCAUCUGAUGAACGUUUUGGAGCGUCCACAAGCGUGUGGAUGUACUACGAGUGAGUGCGAUGGCCUCACUUGUGGUACGUUCGUUAGUACGACUGCACAAAACCUUAGUGUACCAAACGGUUACACUUCGGAGCAAAGUUCCGGCGGCUGUGAGGAAACACAGGCUGCGCCGAAGGUCGACCACUCGAAUAAGUCGGGUGGACUGGGACAAAGAUGUAUCCCUAGCGGGGAACAUCUAGAAGAGAAACAAUCGAUCGCUCAGGUUAAGCGGAACGAUAAUCCUAGAUCGACUGGAGAGUAUUUCGUAGAGGAUCUCGCUGUGGUUGCGCAACCCCAGCUAGAGGAAGUAAAGGGAAUAAGUCCCAAGAUUACAAAUACGGCGGAAAUAAGUUCCCCGAAACCCGCGGGAAUAAGUCCCCGGGAAGCCGAAGGAAUAAGUCCUUCGAAGCCUGAGGGAAUAAGUCCCCAGGAAAUGACAGAGACAUUGAAUGUCAUAGUCAAUAACGGAUCAAGUGUAGGCGCUUAUACACUUGAUCUGAUUGCGCCUCCGAAGUUAACUUCGGGGAUCACUCAGUUGCCAACGCUCGAACAUAAAAGGUUCUUGCGUGAUCUGCGUAGUGGCAAAGUCAAGCAGAUCUGCGUACUCGUCGCUGACGACGAUUGUGUAACCGACAGAAGGUCAGCAACAGUGUUUACUGAGGACGAGAGAGUUCUCAGUAGUUCAUCUAUGGACGAGAGUGUCCUAGAUGAAAAGACACGAAUUGAGCGAUAUGACUCCCAAUCGUGGGAAUCGCUCAAGACAAAUCCUCUCUAUGAAGAUUUGGUUGAAUUCAAGGAUGUAUUCCCUGAAACUGUUCCGUGCGAAUUACCGAAGGAUAAAGGUAUUCGACACGAGGUCGAGCUUAAACCAGGCUCGAAGUACUGUGUCAUGAAGCAGUGGCCACUGCCUCGUGAACAAGUACUAGCGAUCGACAAGUUCUUUGCCGAUCGUUUAGCUGCGGGCCAUGUGAGGGAAUCAACUUCCCCACAUAGCUCUCCGACCUUCUGUGUGCGAAAAGCAACAGGAGGGUGGCGGAUAGUGCACGCGUUCAACAAAUUGAACGCUGCAACGGUACCGGAUCAGACGCCGAUACCGAGGAAGGACGUAAUCAUUGAUGGUAUGUCAAAGAGUACCAUCUUUUCGUCCAUGGAUUUGAUGGAUGGCUUCUAUCAAAUCCUUAUGCGGGAACGAGAUAUACCCUAUACCGCAGUUAGCACGCCUAGCGGCAUGCUCUGGGAAUGGCUAGUAAUGCCACAAGGGCUUAGUAAUGCCCCUGCCACGUUUAACAGAUGUGUAUCACAUCUGUUGAGACCAGUACGAGAAUUCGCGCCGAGUUAUUUCGAUGACGUAUUCAUCCAUAGUCGAGCUAUGGAUGGAAAGUCGGACGUUGAGGUUCACAGGUACCACGUCCGACAGGUUCUUACAAUCAUGCGAAAGCAUCAAUUGUAUGCAAACCUCAAGAAGUGUAUAUUUGCAGCAAGCGAAAUACCACUUCUUGGGUGCAUCGUUGGUACGAACGGUGUACGUCCUGAUCCCGAAAAGAUCAAGGCGAUCACCGACUGGCCUGUGCCGGUUGAUGUCAAAGGUCUUCAAAACUUCCUUGGGCUAGCGGCGUAUUUGCAUAAGUAUUCACGCAAUUACGCCGAGAUGACUGUGACCUCUCUCGUUUGUUGA